AUGGAAAUAGAUACGAAUAAUCAACCAACAGUAUCUUCAAAUAAUACGGAAGAAUUAAAAGAAAAUGAAGAUGAAGAUGAAGAUUUUUUAAUCAUGGCUGAUAUAGGACAUGAUAUUGAUCAACAAACUGUUCUCGAACAUGCUUCCAAAUCUGAAAUUCGAGCAAUUGAUAUUGAUAGUACAAAUCCAUAUAUUCAAAUUGGUCCAUAUACAUUUCAAGGACAAUAUAAUUAUAUACUUGGUACAAAUUUAUUCUUUAGUACAACAUCAACAACAACAACCGAUGAUAGUACAAGUACCAGUGAUCGAACAGAAGAAGCAGGAACAAAUAAUCCUAAUGGGAAUGAUUUAAAUUUAAUCGGUUCAAGCGAUAAAAAACUAAAUUUAUCACGUGUUUAUAUUUAUCCUAAAAAGAAUGAUGAUAUUGAUAAUCCAUCCAAAUCUUAA